CGUUGAGGAAAAGCAAUGGGCGCGAUUGGCUGACGCGCUGUCCGUCACCGUGUUCUCCACGUCUUACGUCAGCGCGAGCUGUCUGGGAGAGCACGUGAAAUACUGGAGCGUAAUAAAACGCGUUACAGUAGGUUUAUUAUUCAGCAAAUAGUACAUUUAACGACACGUUGUUACAGAACCGUGACUUAAGUUAUCGCGAGUAACGGUCAGAACCCAGAAACGCCUUUCAGUCGAGGUCACGCGGAAAGAGCUCGUGAUAACACUUUAGCAUUGUUGAUGGAUAAUCCUGAGGAAGAUUCGCUGAACCUGCACGAAGAUGAAGAAAUCAUCGAGGUUAUCGAGCUCAAUGACACAGAACAGACCGCAGAGGAUCUGGCGGAGGAGCUGGAGGACGUAGAUUUCUCUGAGGCUGGGAAUGCUGGGAAUGCGGAUGAUGAUGGAUGGGAGAUGGAGGAUGAGAUGGAGUCUGAGCAGGAUGACAGUGAACUCACCUUCUCCAAACACACGGGUUCUGUCUUUUGUGUUAGUUUGGACCCAGUGAGCAACAGUCUCGCUGUCACCGGCGGAGAGGACGACAGGGCCUUCGUGUGGAGCGUGUCUGAUGGAGACGUGCUGUUUGAAUGCACGGGUCUGUAGAAGUCCACAGCGCUUCUCUGUCUGUCAGCAUUAGGGUCGGGUGUUGUUUGAAAUUUAUCGAUUCCGAUUCUUAGUGAUUCCUAGUUUCAAGUCAAACAGUCCUAACAUUUAGAUGUCAAACAUAUUUAUUCUGUGUCUUUUUACAAAGCUUUCUGUUGCAGCUGAAUAACACGAGCAAAAAUCAGCAGCCUGCAGAACACUUAGGCCUACUAGAAGAAGGUUUGCCUACGGUUUUAACAAAAAUACCACUGCAAAAAUAACUAGACUAAUAUAAAUUUCAAACAUUAAGUUGUUAAAGAUAAGUAAACAGUAAUAAAAUUGGAACAAACUAAUCAAUAACAAUAGCAAGCAUAAAUAAUUACAAAUGAGAACAUUUCAGGUACAGAAAUUGAAAUCAAAAGUUUAAAAACUCUACAUAGUUUUCUUUUCAUAAAUCAAAUAUAGAUGAAUCCUCAUUAAAGUUACGAAAGAUAUUCAGUAAAGUUUAGUGAAUGAUUUUCUUUUGUUCUUUGAUUAAAAUGAAUGACAGGCAGCAGGUGUUGCUGUCUCUUGAACACCAAACGCCGCGCAUCUAAACUGUUACGCAUGCGUUUUCAAUCCGUUUAUCUUCACUUAAGAUAGAAAAAUGUCUGUGUUUACGAUAAUAUACUGACAUAAUUUUGUGCAUACAGUUUGCAAGAAAUACCUUUUCUGCAGUGGAAAUACACUGAACGGUUCGAGAACGGACACAAACCGGGAACCAGCACCGGGACCGUGGUUCUCUGUGCUCGCGCUUCAGGUGUGUGCGCGGCACGCACAACAAGUUCUGCAAGCAAGUUCUUUCCCUUCUUGCGGUUAAAUGGUUUAAAA